ACUGUAUUGAGUAUUAGAGUUAGUCGCUCAUCAGUCAUCAAUUCUUUGGUUGAAGGUGUUCUCCGAGUCCCAGGGCGACAAAGUUUUUUGGUCAAUCGCAUAGCUGCAAAACAAAUGGUCAAAUGUCAAGAUGCUGUUUGAAAUAUUGUUGUCAGUAGUGGCAGUUUACCUGAUAUCUUACAUCAUUCAAACUUGGCUUGAAUGUAGAAAAUUACCACCGGGUCCCAUACCCCUCCCUUUCAUUGGAAAUUUACAUCAAGUGGGGAAAAAACCUCCAUAUACCUUAAUGGCUCUUUGCAAGAAUUAUCCUGACGUAAUGACGCUAAAAUUCCCUUUUGGGUACUGUAUUCUUCUUAACAGUAUAGAAGCUGUUCGAGAGGCCAUGCUGACCAAAAAAACUGACUUUGCUGGUAGACCAACUGAACAAUUUUACCCAACAACUGUCAUAAUGGGUGAGAGGGAUGUCGCCACUAUUGAUUACGGACCAGCUUUUGUAUUUCGCUCAAAGGUUUUUAAAAGCGCUGUUCAUUUAUUUGGUGAUCAAACCCAAAAAAUGGAAAAGCGUUUCCACAACAUCGUUUUGUCCAUGUUCACAAGGCUAGACAAACUUAUCGGGGAAAACGUCGAUUUAAACAAAGUCUUUGAAAAUACAAUUUUCGCACUUAUGUGGGAGUGGAUUUCAUCUGAACGGUUACCCCAUGAUGAUGAAAAAGUAAAACAACUCGUAGAGUUCAUAGAAAAAUCUAGUUACUUGGGACGCCAAGGAAGCUAUCAUCAGCUCUUUCCUUUAUUGCGUUAUCUACCGAGUAAAUUCAAAACUUAUCUCAACGAAGUGCUUAAAUCCAGGUAUGAUUUGUUUGGUGAGGUCUUAGAUCACCACAGAGCUACGUACAAAGAUGGAGUGGUUCGCGAUAUUACAGAUGCAAUGAUUUUGUCUUACAACAAUGAAAUAAAAGAAGGUAAAAAUAUUCAUGGUACAAUUGAUGACGUAAUGUUCUUAAUGAUUGACAUAAUAGCUGCUGGCGCUGAGACAAGUGUCAAUGCUUUAAAUUGGUGUAUCUUACACCUGGUGCUUCGUGAAGAUAUACAAAACAAAAUACAUGAUGAGUUGGAUAAUUGUAUGGAAAACAAGAACAUGCCAAAUAUUUUAGAUUUAAAAAAAUUUCAUUUUUUGAAUGCUUUCGUUUGUGAGGUCUUUCGUUUGACUACAGUCUCUCCGUUUUUCCCACCCCAUCGUACCAUGCGCAAUACGACUGUUAUGGGCCACAAAAUACCUAAGAACAUGAUGGUGCUCGUAAACAACUAUUGCGUCAACUCUGAUCCACGUAAUUGGGAUGAUCCGAAAUCUUUUGAUCCUAAGCGUUUUCUUCAGGACAAUGGGGAAUUUGUUGGAUGGACUAAGCACCAGGCUUUUAUGCCGUUUGGUCUGGGACUACGUGCGUGUCCAGGAAAGGAGCUUGCUAAACUUCAGCUAUUAACCAUUCUUGCUAGUUUUCUGAAUCAAUACCAUUUUAAGUUAGCUGAAAAUCAAAAGGUACCUCCACUACAUGAUCCUGUUUUGGGAGCAACGUCACAUCCACAAGAAUACUUAGUGAAUUUCACGAAACGAAAAUGACACGAAAAGUUAUCAUUUUGUAGAUAUGUUACGAUUUUCUACAAUCAAUAAAAACUCUAGUUAAAAAAUGGAUUGGUCAUGAUCAGGAGUAUUAUAAGUGCUUUAAUAUUAAAAAAUGAAAUGAACAAAAUUUCUAACAGCUAUUCAUAGAAGUACGUUUAUAUAUCCCCCAGACUUAAGUACAUGUUUCAUGUGUCUGAGGCUUCUUGACAACAGCACCAAGUAGACGCAAUGCAGUUUUUUACAAGGCAGAUUUAACAACAAGGAAGUAUUCUGUGUAGUAUUUAUUGUUCAUCUGUAAACAUAUACCAUGCCCAAAGCCGUGAAAAAUUGAAUAAUUACAGUUGCAAUAUUAUACAUUGCUAUUAACUAUGAUGAUUUCAAGAAAUGUUUUCUAACAAUAAAAAGCUCCUUACUGUCA